AUGUCCCGUGUGAUUCUUCCCCUCUGUAUCUCUUGUCUUUUAAUGUCCCGUGUGAUUCUUCCCUCUGUAUCUCUUGUCUUCAAUGUCCCGUGUGAUUCUUCCCUCUGUAUCUCUUGUCUUCAAUGUCCCCGUGUGAUUCUUCCCUCUGUAUCUCUUGUAUCUCUUCCCUCUGUCUUUGUCUUCAAUGUCCCGUGUGAUUCUUCCCUCUGUAUAUCUUGUCUUCAAUGUCCCGUGUGUUCUUCCCUCUUAUCUCUUUGUCUUAAUGUAUUCUUCCCCUCUGUCUUCAAUGUCCCGUGUGAUUCUUCCCCUCUGUAUCUCUUGUCUUCAAUGUCCCGUGUGAUUCUUCCCCUCUCUAUCUUCUUUGAUUCUUCCCCUGUCCUGUCUUCAUUUCUUCCCCUCUGUAUAUCUUGUCUUCUUCUGUCCUCUGUGAUUCUUCCCCUCUGUAUCUCUUUUUCUCUUCAAUGUCCCGUCCCGUUCUUCCCCUCUGUAUCCUAUUGUUUCAAUUCCUUCCCUCUGUAUCUCUUUUGUCUUCAAUGUCCCGUGUGA